GUUGAACGCAAGCCGUCGGUGGUGGGAUGGACGAAGGCGACUGUACGAUAUGCUUGGACCCGUUGCUUCAUGAGCUCCAUGCGCUUCCAUGUGGUCACGUGUUUCAUGGCCGAUGCAUACACGCCGCACUGCGGGCGAAGAAGCAAUGCCCGCAAUGCCGACGACAGGUCGUGGCCCAAGCGCCGAUUCGGUUGUUCUUCAAAGCGUCGACGACUACCACUGGCGACGGCCCCUCUCCAUCAAAGUCGCCUUCAUCUCCUUCAGGUCGUCGACUGGACGACGUCGUGGCAACGUACGAGACCAAGCUGUCGUUGUUACGGAAACAACUCCACGCGAUGAACGCUGAGCACGAAGCAUCCAAGAACGACCUGAAGAAGUGGGAGGAGUAUGGACAGAAAUCUCAAGCUGCGUACAAGAACUUGGCAAGCAAGCACGCGACCCUCCUUCGAGCGAAUGAGACCCUGACCACGGACCUCCGUACCGCCAAGCAGUCGAUCGUCGCGUUAGAGGCGACUGUGACGCGCGCGCACGCCGAUACGGCGACCGUCCAAUUCCUCAACACGAACGACAUGAACGCACUGGAGUCGGACCUGGCGAAUCCCGCCAUGGUCAUUUCCGCCCUGAAGAAAGCGAAUCGAUUCCGCAUGUUGCAGUACGAAAAGGUCGUGCAGAAGCUCCAUGUGGCCAAGGAACAAGUCAACCGGUUGACGGAAGUGGCCAUGCAAGGGGGGGACGCGGCAUCUCCACGACGCAAGAAGGCUCACAAGCGGCCCCACACGGCAGGACCCCUGCCAGCAUUCGACGUCCGCCAGUCGUCCAUGCUAGCGAGUUUCCAUGACGUGAUGCCGGCGGCGCCCGGUGCUUCAAACGCCCAGACGGUAGUGACACAGGGACGUCAACUCCACUGGAUGCACAGAGAAGACCUCAAGCCGAGGGAGAUUGCUCAUCCCAUAAGUAGUCGACUUGUACUGCAUCCCCGGGACAUGCACAAAGAGAACCACAGCUUGCAUGACCGAUCCACCAAGCCUAAGAAAGCGGCGCCGGCGCACACCAACCCGAUCACAAACUGGUUGCGUUGAACACGAUAAUAAACGUUGGAUGUAAGACA